AUGACGCCCACACCACCUUCGAACACACCAUCCUCAGGGGCACAUUCUCCCGACCAACAUCGGGUUGUUCGCAAACGGAACAGAGUGCCCCUGAGCUGCUAUCCAUGUCGGUCUAGGAAGCUGAAAUGCGACCGGACUCACCCAUGCAGCAACUGUGUGAAGCGGGAAGGCGUUGACACUCUGGCUUGCUCCUAUGCGACUCCUUCCAACCGGAAGAGAAACCAGAAUCAACAGGGCAAUGGCCCUGACGACAUGCAGAACCGCAUUGACCGUCUGGAAGGCUUGGUCUUGUCUCUGAUGCACGGAGGCGCCACCAUCUCAUCCUCAGAAGCCGCCGCAGCCGCCGCCGCCGUAACGGCCAGCAGCAGCAGCACGAAAUCAGGGCCCGGGGUGAACUCGGCAACCCCAAACUCUUCGUCCGCGGGGAUUGGUCAGGAUGAUGGGGAGAUGAGAGACGAUGAAGAGGAGGACAGCGAUAUCGAUGACGGGCUGGCCAACUCCCUUGGUGUGCUCAAGGUGGACCCCGACAGGGGAAAGUCUAUGUACAUUGGGCAGGAACACUGGCAUACCAUUCUCGCCGAUAUCUCUGAGGUCAAGAACUACUUCAACAGCCACAAGAAAGAUCUCGAGAGGAGUUAUGAGAAGGUGCUCCUGAGCAAACCAUCAUAUGCUCGGAAUGGGCCAACAUUCUUGAUGGGCGCUGCUCCGGCGACGGACGUCGAGCUGAGAGCAGAGUUGCCUCCAAAAUCGGCCGUCCUCACGCUCUGUGGCCGGUAUUUCAACUCUAUGGACAACGCUGUCAACAUCAUCCAUGCUCCUACAUUUCACCAACAACUGCGUGCGCAUUGGCAGGACCCUGGCAAGACGCCGCUCAUGUGGCUAGGCUUGCUCUAUUCCAUCCUGUGCCUCGCUAUGUUGAGCUAUCACAAGGUCGGAGACGAGCCGCCUGAGUGGAAAGGUAGGACUCUUGAGCUGGCCGCUGAAUAUCGGUUGCGGACCGUGCAGUGUCUCAUCACCGCGGACUACACGAAACCGAGCGAGUACACGGUGGAAACCAUGUUGCUCUACGUCUUUGGGGAGUUCUCGUCAAGAUGGGACGCGGACCUGUCGAUAUGGCUGAUAUGCUCCUUGGUGACCCGCGUGGCAUUUCGAAUGGGAUACCACAGGGAUGCAAAAUGGUUCCCAAAUCUUACACCAUUUCAAGCUGAAAUGAGAAGGCGAACAUGGGCUCUUGUGAGAAUGUCCGAUGUCGUAUUCUCACAUCAGGUUUCUUUGCCGAGUAUGAUUUACGAUCAGGACUGUGACACCCAGUUGCCACACAACAUCUUCGAUGAAGAAUUCGGCCCAGACACCAAAGUCCUCCCGCCAUCUCGGCCAAGCAGCGAGCCGACACCCAUCAGCUACAUGAUUGUCAAGGUCAAGCUCUGCCUGGAGCUGGGCAACAUACUGCAGGUCACCAACAGAGUUGGGAAGCAGGCGGCAUAUGAUGACAUCCUGCGGUUCGAUACCAGACUGCGGGAGCUCAGAGAUGAGAUCCCGCCACAUCUGAAAAUGCAGCCUUUGGAGGGAUGUACCGACCCUCUUACCAUGAUUGUCGCGAGGUUCAAUGUCGAUAUCCUGUACCUCAAGAUAGUAUGUCUUCUGCAUCGGAAAUACCUGGCGCGGUCGAGACACAACCCCAGAUACGCUCACUCUAGACGAAGUGCUAUAGAGGCAUCGCUGGAGAUGCUGCGGCACUUGAUCAGCCUGCACAGGGAGUCACAACCGAAUGGUCGACUCCGGGCGAUCAAAUGGUACGUCGCAUCUAUUGCGACAAAGGAAUUCCUCCUACCUACAAUGCUGGUGAUUCUCGACUUGCAUUUCGACAAGCAGACUGAUGGAGCCGGCCGAGGGCGGCAGGAUUCGCUCUCGGCGAAUUUCUGGACCCCCGAGCAGCGUCUGGAGAUGAUUCGCAGCCUUGAGACGACGCGGGAUAUCUGGGAGGGCAUGACAGAUGGGUCGAUGGAGGCGGUCAAAGCCUACAACAUCAUCAAGAUCAUGCUUGAGAAGACCCGGAGUCCAGGGGCAGAAAGCCAAACCGCCAGCGCACCCCCGUCCGGGCCACAGCAGCCUCCGACUGCGAUAAAAGAAGACCUUUUCCAAAACAUAGGUGGUGCCAGUCUCGAGCCGGAGCAAUCAGCGGCCAUGACUCUGGGCAUGAUGUCCUCAGGGGGUCUGACACCCGUUACCGCGGCCGCAUUUGGGGGCACGAUGCAGAGCCCCGGAGGCACGGCAUACCCAGGAAUGGACCUGUCGGUGCCUCCGGUCGGCGAGGGUACAGGCAUGACACCUGACUUCUCAGGUGAUCUGGGGCUGAAUCCUGGGUCGCCCUUCUCGUCCAUGUUCGGCAACGGCAUGGACAUCGGGCAGAACUUCGACUGGGACGCACUGCAAAAUUAUACGGAAAAUACCACGUGGGGUACUGAGAACCAGUUCCAAACGUUCUUCGGUAGUGACGCGAACAGCGCGGGCCAGGGGCGAACCGGCCCUUCCCCCGGCAGCGGGGACGGUUUCUCGUUCAGCACUCCUGGGAGCAGCUCGAAAUGA